UGGGGAUGCUGCAGCUGGGCCGACCUGCGGGACUUGAGCCUUGGCCCGAGGGAUGGCCAACGUGCGGGUGGCCGUGAGAGUCCGGCCCCUCAGCAAGAGGGAGACCAAAGAAGGGGCAAGAAUUAUUGUGGAAGUUGAUGGCAAAGUGGCAAAAAUCAGGAAUUUAAAGGUGGACGGUCGACCCAGUGGCUUUGGCGACUCCCGGGAGAAGGUGGUGGCAUUUGGCUUUGAUUACUGCUACUGGUCAGUCAACCCAGAGGACCCCCAGUAUGCAUCUCAAGAUGUGGUGUUCCAGGAUUUGGGGACUGAAGUACUGUCUGGAGCUGCCAAAGGCUACAACAUAUGCCUUUUUGCCUAUGGGCAGACAGGCUCUGGGAAGACAUACACCAUGCUGGGCACCCCAGCCUCUGUUGGGCUGACACCACGGAUAUGUGAGGGUCUCUUUGUCAGGGAGGAAAACUGUGCCCCACUGCCUUCCUCCUGCAGAAUAAAAGUAAGCUUCCUGGAAAUCUAUAAUGAACGAGUGCGGGAUCUGCUGAAACAGUCUGAUCAAAAAAAGACCUAUAAUCUGCGGGUCAGGGAGCACCCAGAGAUGGGGCCCUAUGUACAAGGUUUAUCUCAACAUGUAGUUACCAGCUAUAAGCAAGUAAUUCAGCUCUUGGAGGAGGGAAUAGCAAACAGAAUCACAGCAGCAACCCAUGUUCAUGAGGCCAGCAGCAGAUCCCAUGCCAUCUUCACUAUCUACUAUACGCAGGCAAUCCUGGAGAACCACCUCCCCUCUGAAAUCGCUAGCAAGAUCAACCUUGUGGACCUAGCAGGCAGUGAAAGAGCAGAUCCCAGUUACUGUAAGGACCGGAUUACUGAAGGAGCCAAUAUCAACAAGUCUCUUGUGACUCUGGGGAUCGUCAUCUCCACCUUAGCCCAGAACUCUCAGGUAUUCAACAGCUGCCAGAGCCUCAACAGCGCAGCAAGCGAUGGUAGUGACAGUGGGAUCCCUAGCUCUCCUUCCGGGACCAGCAGUGGAGCAGGACCUUCCCAGAGGCAGUCUUACAUCCCCUACCGGGACUCCGUGUUGACCUGGCUGCUGAAGGACAGCCUCGGAGGCAACUCCAGAACCAUCAUGGUUGCCACCGUGUCUCCUGCACACACUAGCUACAGUGAGACCAUGAGCACGUUGAGAUAUGCAUCCAAUGCCAAAAACAUCAUCAACAAGCCACGGGUGAAUGAGGAUGCAAACGUGAAGUUGAUCAGAGAACUCAGGGAAGAGAUUGGAAGACUGAAAGCCAUGCUGCUGAGCUUUGAGCUGAGAAACUUCCAUUCAUUGAAUGAGGGAAAGGAUGAAAAUCUGAAGGAGCUGGCUCUCCAAAAUGAAUUGAAGAUUGACCAGCUGACUAAAGACUGGGCCCAUAAGUGGAACGAGUGGAAGGCCCUCGUGGAACAUUACAGAGUGGACAUCAACAGGAGGAGGGCUGGGCUGGUCAUUGACUCCAGCCUGCCACACCUGAUGGCCUUGGAGGACGAUGUGCUCAGCACAGGUGUCGUGCUGUAUCACCUCAAGGAGGGGACAACAAAAAUAGGAAGGAUUGACUCAGACCAGGAACAGGACAUUGUCCUGCAGGGUCAGUGGAUCGAGAGAGACCACUGCACUAUCACCAGCGCCUGUGGGGUCGUCAUUCUGCGGCCUGCCCGCGGGGCCCGCUGCACAGUCAAUGGCCGGGAGGUCACCGCCUCCUGCCGUCUGACCCAAGGAGCAGUCAUAACCCUGGGGAAAGCACAGAAGUUCCGAUUCAACCACCCCGCAGAGGCCGCCGUCCUUCGGCAGAGGAGGCAGGUUGGAGAGACUGUUGGUAGCAGUGGCUCUCUGGAGUGGCUGGAUUUGGACGGAGAUGCCACUGCCUCCCGGCUGGGUCUUUGCCCUUUGCUUGGGAAGGAAAGGAAAGCGCUGGGAGAGCAGAGUGACAAGGACCACAGGCCACCAAGGGCUGGAGAGACACCCUGCGGAGCCCAGAUUCAGCAGCAGCAGCGGCUGUGCUUCGUGGGGGAUUUGAGGCAGCGAAUCCUAGAGGGACAGAUUAGAGCCAAACAGGAACGGGAACUGGACGACCAGCAGUGGCUGCUCAGAGAAGGGACCUGGCGGGCCGGCUUGCAGCAGCAGCUGCAGCAAGACCGUGUAGAAGAGAAAGAACUUGUAGCCGCUGUUCCAUCUGAUUCAUGGUGCCAGACAGACCCUGAGACUCAGCCAUCCCCCCUGGUCCAAAGCCAAAAGAGGGUGGUGCACCCGCAGCUCCUGCGGAGACUAGCGCUUUGGGUGGCGCAGCGGAACGGCCGGCAGAGAAGGGUCUCGUUCCAGCUGAAGAGGAUCAUCGAGAAGCCGAGGCUGCUGGAGGCCCACAGGAGACUGGAGCAGCUCAGGGAGCUGUGCUGGCUCCAGGAUGACUGCCCCCGGAGGCCCCCCUUCCCGGCUCCCUGCCCUGGUGCCCUGGUCCCAGGGCCUCAGCGUAGAAGCAGAUCGACAAGUUGCAGUUCUUUGAGCCUCCGAAGGCCCUGCAGCCGGCACUCGGCCCAACUGCGCAGUGUUUUCCUGAAUUGGGAUCCCUCCACCACGUUACCUCCUAUGCCUGACCGUACUGAGCAAUUAUCAGAGAAAAUCCCAUCAGAAGAGUACUUGUCCCAGGCUGCUUAUUACCCCCCAAGGAAAGGGCAUUUCAUCAAGCAUGCCCUCCAUUCCUCAGGCGAGGGGCAGCUCUGCACAGCCAGGAAGGCCCUGGCCAGGAAGGGAGCCUCAGCCUCUGGCACCUGCCUCACUGAGAGCUGCGAGUCUGCCAGUGUCCAAGAAAGGGAGAGAGUGGCCCUGCUGCAGCCAUGGAAGCUGGAGGAGCCCCAGGGGAAGGAGCGGGAUCUCCCAGAGCCAGAUGACUCCGGCAGCGAAGACAGCCAAAUAUCCGAGGACUCGCUGGCCGAGAAGGGGUACCAAAGCCCACAGGACAGCCCAGGGCUCAGUUAUCUCACCCAUGGCCAUGGCCGCUCCAGGGCCAGAGCUCAAGCCUCUGUGAGGGGCUUCACCACAUCCUCAGACAAUCGACUGUUCACCCGAACUCACAGGAGCUUUUCCCUCGACAGCCUGAUUGACGCUGAGGAAGAACUGGGGGACCAUCGGCAAGAAGAGCCUUUCUUCCGUUCAGCUGACGAGAUGCCCACGGAGACUUUCUGGCGCCUGCAGAGCUCCAGUCUGCCCGCAGGGGACCAGGAGGCAGUGUGCAGGCCUGGCCCCAUCAGCCACAGAACAGGAGCCAGGCUGGAUGCCCCCCUGCCAGUGAGCAGAUCAUUUUACCUGGAGCUCCAGCCCCGCUGUGAGCAGCCAGAAUUGGCGGUGGAGGCAAGCUCCACAGAACAAACCAACACUCUCCAAGACGUGCAGCUUUCAAGAGGGAGCCCUCUGGUGUCCAUGGAUUCCUGGUUCUCCUGUGACUCUAAGAACAAUCCCAGUAGCCCCCCAGGUUCUUUAUGUCCAAGUCCUGACGUCCAGGAUGUUCAGCCCUGCGGUUGGAAGAGGCCUGGAUACUGGCCCAAUAUGGAAGAACUAAAGUCAUCAGAUACAGAAACAGUUCUGUCCUACAGCUCCAAACUGCCCCUGGGCGGUGCUGAGCUGCCCUGCAGUGUCAGAAGUGUGUACACAGUCCCUGUUUCUGAUACGACCAGGGUGUCCCUCUGGGACUCUUAUAGGCUUCUUCAGCCAGGAGCCGAUGGCACCUUUCAGGCCAGAGGGGUCCCUGAGAUGGCCCAGAAGGGCGUCUCUGAAGCAUCCGACUCUAGUGUGUCCAGCUUGUUGGCUGCCUCUGCCACCUCAUUCACUUACGUUGGCAGUGCCUGUGAGAGAGACUGGGCUGCCCUUCAGCAAAAGUACCUCCUUGAACUGUCUCAUCCUGUUUUGGGGGCCACAGGAGCACCCAGUCUUCCUCCUCGAGGGAAGGGAAAGCCCUCCCUCGAGGAAAACUCUGGUUCCCUGACCCAAGCUUCUGGCAGGGGAGGAGAUGCUCUAUUGCCAAUUGGUCCUAGGGUAUCUAGCAGCCCGGAUUUCAACAACUUUCCUAUCCAUCUGUCCACAGUUAGGCGUUUGAGAGCUGAGAAAGAACAGGACAGUCUGCGUGUUGAGGUAGAAAGUACUUCAGAUUCCUUUACAACUAGUGAGAAAGAGGUCAGUCAUAGUGGAACUUAUUCAGCGGACGUAGAAUCAUCGACUUCUGGAACUACAAAUGCCCAGGUCUCUACAGCAGCGAACAAGACAGCGCAUCCCGUGAUGGAAGCAUGGGGAGUCAAAGAGAGCAGCUUGGAAGAAGCCUCUCAGAGUAGCGAGAAACCUGGACUCGUGACGUCCUCUGAUGAAUGUUUCAUCCUAACGAACGCUUGUCACCGUAUUGUCACCAUAGACACCAAAGAACCCCAUUGGCCCCGAGGCUGGGCUCCUUUGAGGAAGAAUAGUGCAGACCCAGGGGGGCAAUUAGGUCAGAACAGCCACCGCCCCCCGCAGGAAGAGAAGGCAGACUCCCAGGAGAGCUCCAAGGAAGCGUGUAGAAGACACAGCAGGUUUUCCUUUGCCUUUCCUUCAGGUCCAGAGCUGUACCUCCACCCUGCUCCCUGGAAUCCACUCCCAUCUUCCCUGCAGCCACCUCCCUUGGAAACAUUCUAUGUGACCAAAAGCCGAGAUGCCCUAACAGAAACCGCCUUGGAAAUCCCUGCUUGCAGAGAAGCAAGGGCGCCCUCCCCACCUCCCAGGGAAGCAUGGGGCUUUGGACAUGAGCACCGAGUCCUCCAAAAUGUGUAUGUGAAGAAUAAAUUGCCAGUACUGUUACAAAACCAGAAUUCCAAGAUUGCAUCAUCUCAGCAGGUCAUAGCAGAGAGGCCAGCUGAUCUGAACAUCAAGGACGUUUGCAGAGAAAAAGGGAAAUGCCUUGGAAACAUUAAAGAAGAAAGCCAUAAUUCAGUUUAUUUUUCUGUCACUCAGAACAGACAUUUCCUUCCAUCUACCAGCAUAAAAGUAUGUGAAUUUGAAAAUCAAGUUGGAAUUUUAAAUAAACACAGUCUUCCAGUGCUCAAGCAGGGAGAAAAGGCUGCUGUACAGUCCUCCUGCAGUGUCUCCUCAGACAGUUCUGGGUCAAGGAAGCCUCUCCUGGUGUGUGAAUCUGAGACGAGUGGGGAAGAAGAGCAGGGGCAGGAUGCAGUCCUCAGAGAGACCCAGGCCUUUGACAUGAAGAGACGGUUUCCUUCCGGGGUCAGGACUGAUUUCACCUAUAAAACCAUCAAUUUAGGCCUUGACAAGGACAAGAUAGAGGAAGCCGCUCUUUCUUUGAAGUCCAGAUCAGUACAUCAUAGAGUAAGCAGCCCAGAGACAGCAGCCCAGGAUGAGAGUCCAACCCACAAGGGGGAAAGGAGGAAUGAAGCUGGGCUUCUUGGAAAAGCGCUCCAUCCCAAAGAUGGCUCAGAAGAGUUUAGGCUCCCACAGGCAGAGUCUACGUAUGAAAGAUUCCAGUCAGUUGCGUGCUUUCAGGAAAGAAACCUCAGUGAAUGCAAGGUCCCUGGAAAGGUGCGAGAAACGUUAAACCCCAAAGAAGAACCUCCUGGAAAGAGAUGGAGUAAAAGAGAUACUAAUACUGAUGAGAUGGCUAGGCUAAUUAGGAGUGUAAUGCAGCUGGAAAAUGUCAUCUUGGAAAUUGAAUCCAAACAGAGUAAGCAGCUAUGUGCUUACCACACACUGGGAGUCAGUAAGGAGUUUAUGUCCCAGGACCAGAAGGACCAGGAGAUGGCUGACCAUGUGCUGAGGCCAGGCAGCUUUAGAAACCACCUGUCCUUCAAGGAUCAGCCAUCUUCUCCAAAAUGGAAAGAUGAUGUUCUCUUUAGGGAUGGUGAAGCUGGACAAAUGGAGGUUAACAGUAGCAUUGCUCCCUGGGUACGCGACAUCAGGUUUGUGAAAGGGCACACCCACCCAGCUGUAUUAGACAGACCCGCCAGGGAAACUGGUGGUUAUUUAGGGACAUUUACAGCUUGCAGGGAAUGCACCAACACUUCUGCUCACCCAAGGAAAACGAGAGCUUUGGCUGGAGCUCUGCCAUUGCAGCCCAUGCCUGAGAGGACUUCUGAGGAGGGCGAGCCGGCGAAUGCAGUGUACCCCAGAUGGCCGCCCCGGGGCUUGGGAAAUCUCGAGGAGCUGGAGACUGUGAAGGGUGUUCAGGAAAGCCAUUUUGCCAAACGCAUACGUAGUUCUAAGCAAGAGGAGCCGGAAGUUCAAGGCAGAGUUGAAGAAACUGCUGUGCAAAGAGGGAGCCUACAGGAGAAAAACAAAGUGGUUUCAUCAACUCAGAAACUCCCUGGCCCGUGCCAGCAUUGUGUGCGCACAUUUUUCAGCCAAGAGACCGGCCCAUUGCCAAGCCCGCCAGGGUCCUGUAUGGCUCCUCGCCGAGACCUGAGUAACGCCUUGCCCUUGAAUUCAACAAGGCCGCCAAGAACCUAUCUUUAUGUACCUGGUACUCUAGGCGUCUCUUCUGUUGACUGUGUGGUGGAUCCCACCCUGUUGAAAAUGCCCACCAGUCCCCUGGUAACUGGAGGGGGGCAUCAGGACCAGAGUGGAGAGCCCGGACGCCACAGCUCACAGCAGGGAGACGAUAGACGGGGCUUCUCCGCAGCGCACCCUGCUUCUUGCGGGUCUGUGAUAUCCAUGGCUGUGGGAUCUUCCAGUCAAUCCAGUGCACCAGCGAGCAUUCCCCUGGGGGCAGAGGGCAGGAGGUCAACAAGCACCGGUCCGCAAGGCCACGGAGGGGACCUCAGAAGCACCUUGCUGGGCUUGGGUAGCAGGGUGGGUUCUCCUUCCGAAGCUGAGGCAGCUGUACCAAGGGGACCAGACAGAGCCAGGUCCCUGAACAGGGCCUCUAGCCCGCUUGAAGGGAGGGCCAGCUGCCCCUUAGAAGAGGGGGGCAAGCGAGGCAGGGGAGAGAGGCAGAAGGCAGAGAAGGAGGCCGAGGACCUCACUCCAGCCAGUGGUGCUUUCUCAGCACCCGUGUCCUCGCCAAGGCUGCCUCAGCCGGAGCCCUCUGCCCAUCCACCCACGUGCCUGGCCGAGUUGGAGGAGAUAGGACGGGCAGAGGCCCAGGGAAAGCAGCUUCACAACGUGGUGGCUGGGGGCACAGUCCUUCCUCACGAUGAGACGCUAUCUGGACCUGAAUGUUCUUCAGGGGCCCCUGGCAGGCCUCAGUGUGCACAAAUGGGCCAGUCAGUGUCAGCCAGGACCAGAAAUGAGGGUGAAUCACGGGGAUUUCAUGUGGCGUCUCUCCCUGCUAAACCAGGACACAUGUCAAGUGAUGAGAGGACAUCUGUCCUUCAGGCCACACCCCCCUCUGCAGACAGCUGUCACCCUUUGCCCAGCACUGACACUGACACAGGGCCGCGGCACCCCUCACGGACUUCCUCCCACGCUGACCCUGCUCCAGGUAAAAGUCACUGUACUGGAAAACUGAGACAUUUCCUGGGAGCCUGUGAACAGUUUGUGCACCACACUAGCUCUUCUGAAAUCAGAGAGAAAGAGGGAGAAGCAACCAGAACACCUUCCUCUGCUGAUGCUUUGGGCUCAGACCGUCUUCCUUCUUCAGCAGCUGUGGAGGAGGACAGGAGGGUAAUGGCGGAGGAAAUAGUGGCUGCCUUACAUUCUCAGGCCCCUUUUGAUGAUGCUGGAGGGAUUCCAUGUAGGCGAGGCCCGUUCGCUGCCUGGGAGGCUGCCCAGGGCGUGCUCCCUGGCUGGCAGGAGAGCAGCCCAGCCCACCAAGAACCUGGGACUCUGGACAACACAUGGGGAGGAGGUCCUGGUAGCUUCCUAGUGGCUGCACAAGGAGGAAAACCAACCUGUUUUGAAAGUCACCUUGUGAUCUGUGAUGUUCAGAAUUCUGCCAGUCUCUCAGGGCCUAACCAAGACCAGGGCCAAUGCCUUGAGGCUUCCACCGGCUUAGAAGAAGGGAAGGUGAGUCCCAAAUGGGGUGCCGUCCUGCCCAGAGCCCUAGGAGGGAUUGAACCGGAAGCUCCCUCUCAGCAGCCUGUGAAACGGGAGGGGAGUGUUGGCUCUGGGCUAGCAGAAGCCUGCAGGGCCAGCGUCGAAGGUCCCAGGCCAACUCUGUUGCCGGAUCAGAGACCCGGGGGAGUUAGGGAGGAGGCCCUGCUCAGGUGCCCGCAGGAAACUUCAGACUGUGGUGUCUUUUCGGGGAGCACUGAAGGCAGCAGGACCCUCAGCCCGUCCGGGGGCCAAGAAGACAGCAGAUCUCAUCCUUGCUGGCAACCGUGCAACCCUCAACCCGUUGCUUCCGGGGCCCGUGCCUCCCCUUCCUCCACUUCCCUGUGUUACAGAGACGGUGACCUGGGCAAGGGGGCUUCCGAGACCACCCCACACACUCGCCACCCACCCUGCGUGGUCCCCCCCAGGGCCUGGGGGGUGGAGAGAGGAGAGGGCCAUUGCAGGGAACCUGAUGUGCUCUGGGCACAUGGCCUUGAGCCCAAAAGCAUUAAUGUGGAGUUGGGGCCGGCAGACGGCAGCACCCCGGAGACCUCUGCUGCUGCUCUCCUGCCUCCGGCUCAGGGCUGCAGCUCCCCUUCCACUCCUGAUGUGAGGACAAGUCCCCUCAGCCCCUGGGUUGCUGACGGAAGCUCCAGGUCAGUAGGGGAUCCUGAGAAAAAGGCUGCCGAGAAGAAAGUCAGCGCCGAGCUUGAGGCUCCCCCUUUCCACGCAGGCAGGUGCUCCGAGCCACCCGGGAGGUUUCAGGACAGCUCCGCUGGUGGCCGGAGUGCACAGGGCUCUCAAACCAAGCCAGAACCACUUGCAACAGCUGGGGGACCACACAGCCUGAAUUUAAGUGAAGGGUGUGUUGCGAGUGAGCCGCUGGUGGGACCACAACAUGGAUGUUUGGGAAAUGCCAUCAGAUGCCUUCCAGAAAAGUCACAACUUUCCACGGAGUCAAGGGAUCAUAGUGGCUUGGAUCCCCAAGCCAAAUUGGUAGCAGAGUUACAGUGUGUCUCCAGUCCCCAGGUUGACAGCCCCCGGGAGGAGGAAGAGCAACAGAGGGACCAGGCUUCAGGUGGCCGAGAAGACGCUGCCUGGGGCAGGAGCCCCCCAUGUGCGGAUGAAGGUGGCUCAGGCAGCUGUCAGAUUAGUGGUGCAGGCAGAGAGGACGAGGCUGUGGCCAGGCCCCCUGCAGCCUUCAGAGACUCAGCCAGUGUCACCUUGGGGCAACGUGGAGCAUGUUGGCCUGUGGCCCAGGGCCUCGGGCAGCCCUCUUCUGGCGGGGAGCAGCCGGCACCCCGCCACCGGUGCUCACUUCCUGUGGUCGCCAUCGUCUCUGGCCCCAAACACUCUAGACCGCAGUUCUCUGUGGUCAGCUCUCCCCAGUCUCUUCAGGAGCUAAGCUUGAGCGUGGAGCCUCCUUCCCCAACAGAUGAGGAUAUACAGCAGCCUAGCAGAUUGUGGACCCCACAUCCCAGAGGCUCUUCCUCAGGAAAGUCUGUGGCAAGAACGUCUCUGAAAGCUGAGGGCCGUGAUCAGGAAGCCGCCUCUGACUUGGACGGCAUCGCUGCUGAUCCCAGGCCCCUGCCAUCCACACCCACUCCUUCCCUGGCAACUUCAGCUGUCUCGUGCCUGCUGACCCCCGAUCUCAUGGCUGCUCGGCCAUUUGGUACUCCGGACCAGGCCCAGCCAGGAAAGCCAGAGAGACUGGGUGGCCAGGCUCGGCCAGAGGCAUGGAGCUCUGAAGCGGACGGAGGAGCCCUGCUUUUUGGCUCCAGUGCCAUCGAUCCCUGCGUCCUGCCCUGGCGUCCCGAGGGGCCUGCGCGCGUCGGCUGGAAGCAGUAUGUGUUUGGCGGCGCAGCUGAUGUCUCCCGUGGCCCCACACCCCAGGGCCUGACACCGUCAGACGUGGACCGGUUCUCCCGCAAGGACGACGGCCUAGACGACCAGGGCUUCCCGGUCUACUCCCACCGCAGCACCUUGGCCAGUGCCCGAGGCCUGUCGAGCACACGCAGCCACGUCGAAAGUGCCCGCCAUUCCCGUGAGGCCUGGGGAGUCGGGGGUUCCUCGUUUGCCCUGGGGAGCCCCCACGUCCUGAUCGGCUCUGAAGGGGCAGCCCCCGCUAAGGGUCCUGACGAGAGAGGCGGGUUCCCGGGCACCCCUGAUGAGGCAGGCUGCCUGAGGAGGGAGCCUCCCUUGCCUGGAGUAAGUGCUGUGGGCCCGGUGGAUGAGAUUAUGCUGCUGUACCCAUCAGAGGAGGGCGACCCUGUGGGUGUGUCUAGGAUGAACACCUUGGAGCAGGGCACCCAGACCCCGGGCUGCAGGUCGCGCUGGAGCUACGCUGACCUCUCCUCUGCUCAGUCAGAUCUGGCCUCUUGGGCCAGCACACACAACCUGUCUCUCCGCCUCUCGCAGCUCCUGCACAGCACCUCGGAGCUGUUGGGGAGUCUCUCCCAGCCAAGUGUGGCCGAAAAGGAGUGGAAUGCCAAGAGGGAGACCCCGGGUGAGGUGCCCCAGGCACUGAGGAUGGAUGGCUGUACUCAGACCACCAUGGAUGAGGGCAUCCAGACUGACCCGGCCUCACCACCUCUGCACCUCCAGGCCCCAGAGGCCAACCCUCAGAAACUCAAUGCGGUCCUUGAAAGGCUGGGCUCAGAUCUUUCCAUCACGUCUCAGGAAAAGGGACAUGUCCCUGGGACGCUUAAGAAGAGAGGGGCAGAGGGGACCACAUGGAAAAUAGCAGGGCCCCAAGACCUUCAGGAAGAAAGCACCCUCUGCAGGCCCCAGGGCGCCCCCAUACCCUCAUCCCACUUGAGUUUUCAGAAAGUUCCCCCUGGGCAGAACCUGCCUCCUCUGAUCCCCCAGGCUUCUCCGGAUGCCCCCCUGCUUCCCAGCCUGGCUAGUGGCAGCCCUGGCCACAGCCUCGGUGCAUCUCCCUUCCCAGGGCCCUGCCCCCAUGCUGUGGAGCCUGAGGAGGAGCCCGGGGUGCGGAAGGAGCAGGGCCCCACGAGCGCCUUGCUGGUGGACAGGGCCUCCUCCCCGAUCCUCACGCUUAGCGCCAGCACCCAAGGGUCAGGGCGCCCCCCAGGCGCUUUGUCUCUCUCGGCCCCCUCAGCUCACUCCCUUGAAGGCUGCCAGAAGCUUGUCUCCCGCCCAAGCCUUCCCCUGUGCACCCCGAGGCCUGCAGUGGGUAACUAUUCUCAAACCACUGAUGAGUCAGGUAGCUCUCAGAGAGUGGAGGUUCCAUGUGGAGAAGAUAGCAGUCCCUUAGAAGGGGGUGACCACAGGUGCUCCCUUGGGCUGAGCUCCCGAGGCCACCCAGAGAAGAGCGCAAAGCCCCAAGUCCGUUGCGUGGAGCAGUCCCCGCAGCAGCGUCAGCCCAGGACCACCACCGGGGUCCAGAGCAGACUGUCGUCUCCACCACUGGGAAGCAGGAGCCGGAGGCUGGCUGAUGGCUUUGUGCCUGAGGACAUGGCCUCCCUAGAGUGUGGCCCACUGAGCAGUAGGGGGCUGAGUCCAUGGCAGUGCAGGACAGAGAAUGGGGGUGAGAGCUCAGCAUCUCCAGAGGAGCCACGGCCUGCUCUGAACAUUUCCUCUUCGUGGGGCGGCCUCCGGUGCCGCUGCCCCUGCCCUUUCUUUGAGUUGGCUGACACCCCAGGGCUCCGGGGUUGCAUCUUGGGCCCUACUGAGGCCUGCCAGCCUGAGGGGCUGCUGCGCCCCAGUUCCUCCCAGACAUGCACGGCCCCUGAGCCCCAGCACCACGGUCUGAGGGACCUCCCGGUGUAUAACAAAUCCAGCGAUUGGUGUGGGGGUCAGGACGGCUCCCCUGGGGCGCUGGGUGUGAUGGAUUUGCUGGGGACCAGAUGUGAUUGCAGCUCAGGAGAGCAGGGACAGAGGCUCCCACAACUUCCUGAGGACCAGAGCCAGGCGCCCGAGUGGUCCCAGAGGGAGCAGAUCCCCCUGCGAGUCGGGGCCCAGAACCUCUCCCUCAGCGUGGAACUCACGGAAGCAAAACUGCACCACGGCUUUGGGGAGGCAGACGCCCUGCUGCAGGUGCUGCAGAGUGGGACGGGGGAGGCACUCGCUGCCCAAGAGGAGGAGCCGUAUGCCCGGCCAGAACGUACUGCAGAAAACCUCCGGAGGGAGCGGGCUGAGCGACUUCAGAACUUCCGCAGGACGCGAAGCCUCAGCCCCCAGAAACAGCUGAGCUUCCCAUUCAACCGGGAUCUCCCCACCUGGGCCUUUGACUUGCCCAGCAGGCGCCGAGAAUACCUGCAGCAGCUGAGGAAGGAUGUUGUGGAGACCACCAGGAGCCCAGGGUCAGCGUCAAGGUCUCCUCACCCACCCUCUGACAUAGAGCUGAUGCUACGAGAAUACCAGCGGGCCCGUGAGGAGGCCAAGGCGGAGAUUGCCCGGGCCCAGGCUCGACUGCGGGAGCAGACUGAACAGGAAAAGCUGAGAAUCCGCCAGCAGAUCGUCUGCCAGCUGCUGCGGGAAGAAGAAAAGCUGCACACCCUGGCCACCUCCAGCUCUUGGUGCACCAGCUCCAACGGAAGCCUCUCUUCUGGUGUCACCUCCGGCUACAAUAGCAGCCCGGCCUUGCCAGGCCAGCUCCAGUCCCCAGACAGUGUGCGGGACACAAACUUACCUGAUUCCAGAGACUCCUCAAUAGGGGAGGUGUGGGGCCGCUCUGCAGUGAGGAACAGUCAGCUGAACCUGGCCAGCUCUGCCUGGAAAACCUCAGCCUGCAGCUGCAGAGCCUCCCUGGGCAGUUGUUGCUGUUCUCCGUCCAGCCUGUCCAGCCUGGGGACCUCCUCCUCCUCCUACAAGGAUUUGGCCAAGCACAUCGUGGACAUCUCUAUGGCUGAUGUAAUGGCUGCUUGCUCAGAUAAUCUGAACAACCUCUUCAGCUGCCAGGCAGCAGCUGGCUGGAACCAUCAGGGCGAGGAGCAGGACGUGCAUCUGUACUACAAGGUGUUUUCUUCUACUCGGCAUGGCUUCCUGGGGGCUGGCGUGGUGUCCCAGCCACUGUCUCAUGUGUGGGCAGCUGUGAGUGACCCCACCUUGUGGCCCCUAUACCACAAGCCCAUCCAGACAGUGAGGCUGCAUCAGCGGGUGACCAACAACAUCAACCUGGUGUAUUUGGUGUGCAAUACCACCCUGUGUGCACUGAAGCAGCCACGGGAUUUCUGUUGUGUCUGCGUGGAAGCCAAAGAGGGGCAAUUGUCUAUCAUGGCAGCUCAGUCUGUGUAUGAUGCGUCCAUGCCGAGACCCAGCAGGGAGAUGGUCCGAGGGGAGAUCUUGCCCAGUGCCUGGAUCCUGCAGCCCCUCACUGUGGAAGGGAAGGAGAUCACCAGAGUCAUCUACUUGGUCCAGGUAGAACUUGGUGCUCCAGGAUUCCCCCCUCAGCUCCUAAGCUCCUUCAUCAAACAGCAGCCGCUGGUUAUAGCCAGACUGGCUUCCUUCCUUGGUAGUUAGCAUCUCACGGUCAAGAUGGCGCUCCAGGACGCCCCAGAGAUGCUGGGGCGGCUCUUGUUACUCUCCGUACCCUGAUGUUAAGAAGAGCCGAGGCUACCUGCUGUGCCCGACUGGGCAGACAGCACUCAGCCCUGAGUUGCCAGCGAAACCUAGUCAGUACUUGGUCACAGCUGGCACCUCUGCAGAGUGAGGGGGCCUGAGCUCCUGGCUGUCCAGAGUGAACGAAGCUCAAUUCACCUUUUUGGAUUUCUCACCUUUUUUUCCCGUCUCUGGGACCCUGUGGCAUACAGGCCACUCAAGGAUCAGGACUGGACACAGCCAGCAGAGCUGGGAGCCUGCAGUGCUCUGACAUGGGGCUUACUUAGUUCGGUGCAGCCCUGGGGCUGGUAGGGAAGCAGGAGCCAUUGGCCAAGACUCUGCUCAGAAUGUGCUCCAGCAGUCAGCUCCACUGUGGGAAGAAAAUGGUUUAAAAAAACAGCUGCACAAACCAGAACACUGAUUUAGAAUUGUUUCUCCUCCUUGAAUUUUUACAAAAUGCUUUAUUAUUAAUUUUUGCUUUGCCCUCCCUCUUCCUUUCCCUCACAGAAGAAGACAAUUAUUUGGGUCUUGGCCCCAGUAAGGAGUAUAGAGUAAUGCUCUGUCAUGGAGCCACCACUCCAGAGCUCAGAAGAAUGGGAAGACCACUGUAGAAACUGGCUGGAUAGGUUUGGGGUUGUGGUGGGGGGGGCCUAGCUCUUUGAGGAGGACUUGGUGUGGUGCGUGGGCAUCUCUCAUUUCAGAGAUGAAAAACUGUCUUUUGAAGACUGGAGGGAAGAUAAUGGACCUCCUAGAAGGAGGUAAGUGAUUUGUUAGGAGGAAGUGCAAUUCCAUUCCUUACCUCACUCAGAGACUUGGUCCCAGCCUUCAGUCGUCUCUUGAGCAAUCCACGCACUGCUGUAGCCCCUUCUAUUCUAGGGUGGGAUAGAGAAUGGGUUCAGUUUUCUUGUAACUUAGCCUGGCUGAACUCGAGCUUUGAAUAUUCUGUAUGAUUACCUGAAGUGUAGGGGUCGGAGAGAUUCUCAGCUUCAGUUCUGGUGCCGAGUCUUUGGUGGAAGAGGAGGGUGACCAUAUGGGGAUUGAGAAGAUGUGGUAAAAGGUAAAUUUCUGUAUAGUGCAGCAGAAGUUUAUUUUUCUAAAAGUAUCUGCAGGAUUUUGUUUUUCUCUUACCUCAGAUUAAGUUAUUUAUAUAUUA